CACCGAACUAAACCAUCAACCAACAUUCACUGUUGAACUCUUCUGCGCUGUGGCUGAAAUGAGGAGCAAUUCAAGAUGUGGGGAAGCCACAAUAUUCAAAGAAAAGUGUAUUUUGUAUGUGCAUCAUACAACAUGGGAAAAUUUAAAGAAGCGCGCCGAACUGCAGUCGGGCCGUCUGUGUUGGCUCGUUAUGGAGCCGGCGGGAGACUGAUUAUUCGGAGAAUGUGCUCUUUGGAUUGCGGUUUAGUGCAGUGCAUAAUAGUGUCAGUGUUGUGAACGGUUUAAAAUCGUGAGUGUUACAUAAGGGUGGGAUGUGCUUACUAAAGAGCCCGCCCUGACCCGUCGGGCGCCGGCGUCCGCGGCGGGCAACGCGCGUGUCAUGGCUCCUGCGCUCUCAGUCACACCUGGAGAGGCCCACACGUUCGACGCCGCCGAGGAAACUGAUAAGCCCAUCACGCACCGUAGACGGGCGCUCGCGUCCGUCGAUAACCUCGCGAUACCCAUGGAGGAGGACGAUAUGGGUCUCCAAAACCAGCCUAGUCUUGCCAAAGAUUCACAAGAGAUGGAACAGAUUCUUGUCGAUUUGGGCAGCAGUGAUCUUGCUCAAGUUGACUUACUUCAAGCUAUCAAAACAUUUGAUAGUGGAGGAGAUGGUUUAUCAACAGGUGAUGCGGAUGCCAUAUUUCCACUAAGUGGCUUUGACUUGACCGAAACAACAGAAUCUGAGAGUGAUGCUGCAGAAGAUCGCGUAAGAACCAUGCAAGUACGCUUAGAACGUCGUUGUGCUUUCCUACAAAGAAGAUUAAGAAUACUUCAAGCCAAGACUAUAGGAAAAAGAGUCUCCGAGGAAGCCGCUCAAAGCUUUGACAAGUGCAUCAAAGGUGCUCGCAAGGAGGCAGUGGGCAGACCGGUGGGGUUCAAAGCCUUUUUGAAAAGAAUAGAGACAAUGUCUACAUUGCAGGCGAGCGCAUCCUCGCGGUCAGUGAUUGGCCCUAAGUAUUACCGUACAGGGAAUUCAAAAGUUGAUGCAUCAAAAUCGAAUAGUGUGGGUAUAGCUUCGGGGACCCUGGCUGGUCUGGAGGACACGGCUGGGGCGCUGCGGUCGCACCUCUCUGUGGUGAGGCACGAGCUGGACUCUGACGCCACGGCCUCAUCAUCUGGAGCAGAGAGCAAUGAUGAGGCUGUCACAUACAACAAUCCUCACCAACAGCAAAUGCCUAUAGAGAAACGCGCGCUCUGGUCGUAUCAGAAGUCGCGGUCGUCGGUGGCGUCCCGCUGGUGCUGGCUGCAGGCCCAGAUACAGGAGCUGGAGUACAAGAUCCGCCAGCACACCGAGCUGCACAAACAGGUCCGCGAAGCCAAAGGCGCGAUUCAGUUCGAGGGUGAGCCGGUAGGCUACGAGGGCAGCUUGCCGGGAACAUCGGACGACGGCGAGACGUGCGCGCGCGUCCGGCCGCUGCGUCGCGACACAUUCAAGAAGCGCAAGCUGCUGCAGAUGCACAAUCUGCACCUCGCCACCAGUAAAGCUGCGAAACCUUCCGACAUCAGGUGUUCGUGCGAGUACAAAGUGGAGAGUUGCGGCGUGUGCACGGGCCGCGCCGAGCCGCUGCAGCCCGCGCCGCCCGCCAGCACGCUGCCGCCCGCCGUGCGCGUGGCGCGCGUCGCGCCCGCCUACCACCCCGUGCUCAGCGACGCGCAGGGAUGGGUAGCUUGGUGUCAUUGGACGGGAUUCUACGUGCGCGCCGAGCCGCUGCAGCCCGCGCCGCCCGCCAGCACGCUGCCGCCCGCCGUGCGCGUGGCGCGCGUCGCGCCCGCCUACCACCCCGUGCUGAGCGACGUGCAGGGAUGGGUAGCUUGGGGUCAUUGGACGGGAUUCUACGUGCUCACCGAGCCGCUGCAGCCCGCGCCGCCCGCCAGCACGCUGCCGCCCGCCGUGCGCGUGGCGCGCGUCGUGCCCGCCUACCACCCCGUGCUGAGCGACGCGCAGGACAUACCCGAGUCAGUCCACGUGUCAGCGCUAGUGUCGCGCUCGUGGUUCCGACCGCGCGCCGGGCCGGGCCGGCCGCGCGGCGCGCACCACGCGGCCCUACCGCGCGCGCACGCGCAGGCCCCAGCCCAGCCGCCCAGCAGGCUCCACAAGAAACACCCCACGCGUGAGUAA